GAGCGCUCUGUUUGGGACUGUACGGUCAAGUGAGUAGGUUCAUCCUACGGAGUAUUCGUUUGAAGACACAGGUUCACAAGUAGACAUUGACGUUGAAUCAUUUGAUGGCUACUGCUUCUAAAACAGAAAGUAGACUUGUUACAGAGCAAAAUAUUUUCAAUUAUUGCAUCUCUGGUGAUUUGAAAUCAUUAAAAGAAUGUGCACGUUCUGUUGGUCAAGUAGUUCAUAAAAAUUCACUUGAUGGUCAAACUUGUCUCAUUGUAGCUUGUAGAAAUGGACAUUUAGAUGUUGCCGAGUACUUAAUCGAUUUUCAUGGAGCAGAUGUUGAACAAGUUGGUGUUGUAGAAUUUGAAGGAGAACAAGUAGAAGGUGUACCUCCAUUAUGGUGUGCUUCAGCAGCUGGACAUUUGAAAUUAGUUGAAUUGCUAAUUAGUCGUGGCGCAGACGUUAAUCGAACAACGAUUACUAAUUCAACAGCUCUUCGUGCUGCUUGCUUUGAUGGACAUGAACAAGUUGUUCGAUAUCUUGUUGAACAUGGAGCAAAUAUUGAAAAUCCAAAUCGCCACGGGCAUACUUGUCUCAUGAUUAGUUGUUAUCGUCGUCAUGAUAGUAUUGUAGAAUAUCUACUUAGUAAAAAUGCUCGAGUUAAUCGAAGAAGUGCCAAAGGUAACACUGCAUUACAUGAUUGUACAGAAAGUGGUAAUUUAAAAUGUUUACAAUUAUUAUUAAAUCAUCGAGCUAUUAUGCGUAAAGAUGAAUAUGGUCAAUUACCAAUUAUGUCUGGUGCAAAUGCAGCUUACAAAAAAAUUGUAGAUUAUUUGGCUACUGUUGAAAUUCCUGAUUCAACACAAACAAUAAGUGUUAGUGAAAAAGCUGCCGCAUAUGAUCUACUUGGUGCUAGUCUAUUCGAUCGACAUUCUUUAAUUCAAGACGCUAUAGCUGCUUGGUAUCAUGCAAUAAAUUUACGCCAAGAGUUGUCUACUUAUAAUAAUAAUGCUAAUAGUAAUAAUAAUAGUGGUAAUAAUAAAUUUAUUCCACAUCCAGUACCACAAUGCUCUUGUAUGAAUGAAUUAAUGUCAUGUGUUGAAGGGCAAUCAACAAUAACAACAACAACCACCACCGCCACCACCACCACUACUACUACUACUACUACUACUCCAACUACUAAUUCAUCAAAUAAUUGUUGGUCAUUGAUUUCAUUAGCAGCACGUGAAGCAAUUGGUAUGGCUGAAACUAGUCGAUUUGAUGAACAACAUUAUUCAUUAACAUCUAAUUGGCAACGUCAUAAAAGAUCUAAAAGAAUUCAUGAAAUUUUAUUAAAAUGUUAUCAUUCUACAAAAUUUCAUCCAUCAACUAGACGACAAAAGUCUACCACAAAAUAUUCACAAGAUUUACAUGAAUUAUUUCAAAGAAAAUAUCAAAAAUUACAAACUGAUUUACAAAAUGCAUAUCAAUGUAAAUUUGAACAUUUAGGUCAUUCAUUGUAUCGUUCGAAUUCAUUAAAAGAUUAUACUAUUGAUGUACAAUCACCACCGUUUUGUUCAGUAUUUCUUCAAGGUUCACAUAAUUCACGUUUAGGUUUACGUCGUAAUGGUUCUAGUGAGUAUUUUGAUCAAUCUUCUUCUUCUUCUUCUUCUUCUUCUACCAGUUCAAUAUUAUCACAAGGUAUUUGUAGAUCAUCAUCAUCACCAACGAAUUAUUUAAAUUUUGGAACAUCUUCAUCCUCUUCUCCACCACCUCUAUCAACAACAGGACAUCAUAGUGGUAGUUGUACUGGUGGUGUUUUUGUUCAAUCUGUUAUACCUGUCGAUCCUAUUUUAGGCUUUGAACCGAAAUGUUGUCAAAUUGCACGAUAUCGUCGAUGGCUUUUGGAGCCUAUUCAUCAAAAUUAUCAAGUCAGAUCUUCGACAACAUCUGAUCAUAAUAACACUAGUAACAUAUUGCAUAAUAAUACAGAAGGUUUCACUCCAUCCAAAAUCAUAAAUCAAUGUCCUAAUUGUAAACAAAUACUUGUUUCAAUGAAUAAUUUAAGUGAAGAAAGUCUAUUUUCAAAUCAAUCCACCUGUCCCAUUUGUAAGACAUCACUAAUAGUAAAUCAUUCUUCAAAUUCGUCAAAUGAAAAUCAAAUAGUCAAUUCAGCAAAUCAGUAUUCUAAAGUAUCUUAUCCUUACGAGUCAAAUAAUAAUAAUGAUAAUUAUGAUAAUAAUGAAAAUAACCUUAAAUAUGUUUGUCCAGUAUGUCAUUUUGCCACUGAAAAUCAUCCGUUAAUUCGUCGAUUAAAACAGUGUGGUGAAGAAGCUUUUGGACAUGUUUGUGAAUUUCAAACACGUGAAGAUCUAGCCAGUUUAAUGUCAAAUACACAUGUUCUACGCUUACAAUCAUUACUUAUACGCUUACGUAUAUUAGGUCCAGAUCAUCCAGAUACCAUUUAUUUUAUCCGUUAUCGUGGAGCAAUUUAUGCAGAUGCAGAUAAUUUUCAUCAAUGUUUAAGUUUAUGGCGUUAUGCAUUAGAAUUACAACGUACAUUUGUUGAACCAUUAUGUCAUGUAUCACAAGCUGCAUUUGUUAGUUUUGCUGAAUUAUUUCAUUUUGUAUUAACUAAUAAUUGUAUUGGUUUACCAGCAAAAGAUUUAGAUCCAACAUUAAUUGUUGAUUGUUUAGAAUUAGCUGUAGAUAAUAUUGAACGUGGAAUGGAUUAUUCAUUUUAUCAUUGGCAUCAUCGACAUCCAUGGUCAUAUACAGCAGCGGAUAAAGAAGCAAUUAAUUUAAUGCGUCAUGUAUCAUUAUGUUUACAUUUUAUAGCAAUGAUUCUUAUUCAUUAUAUGCCAAAUUGUAAAGCAUUACCAACACUACGUUCUAUUCGACGUCAAUUAUCUAAUUUAACACACGUAGUUGAAGAGAAUUUCAAUGAAUUAUUACAAAAUUCUACAGUGAAUUUAUCAAAUAUUAUGCUUAAUCGUCAAGAGUUAAUUAGUAAUAAUACUACUACUGAAAAUGAAUCACAAACAGAUAGUUUAUCCAAUGAUAUGAAAAAACGUAUGCCAAUUGAAUUGAAACAACGAUUUUUCCGUCAAGUUUAUAGAUUAGUCAAAUUAGAUCCUAGAGUACAUCGUGGUCAAAGUUUAAUACAUUUAGCUUGUUCACCAGAAACUUCAACUGUUGGUCGUUUUGUAAUUUGUACUUUUCCAAAUGUCAAUGUUUUAUCAUUGCUAUUUGAAUUAGGCGCUGAUGCUAAUUGUGCUGAUGUUGAUGGACAACGUCCAAUUGGUCAUGUUUUAGCACAACGUCGAUUAAAAAGUUCUGAACAUGUAUGUAUAUAUAUAUACAUAUUUAUAUCUGUGUGUGUGUGUAUUUGUGAACAUUUUAUUCCACAUUGAAUUAUGUGUAAUUUUUCUGCUUUGUUUUCUACUUUUCAGGUAGGUAGUUGAACCCAGGAAGUGUAUUUUCAUCCAUAUUUUGUAAAUAUGCCAUUUCAAUAUUCCAUCGAAGUACCUGUCCACAUAAUAGCCCAUAUAAUACGGAUUCAUUUCAUUAAAUGAAAAGGAAUCUUUGAGUCCUUGUUCAAUCACGAUUCAAAAACACCUAAUUAAAGAAGUCUAGCGUUUUUUCCUUUGAUAAAUUUGGAUAGACUAAAAAUUUUAACAGCUGAAUUUAUGAGCCGACCUAGGCUAAACGACGAUUGAAAACCCAGAAGCACUGGAAGACCACUUCGACCUUGUUUGGGGCUCUUCAGCAGUGUACAUUCACGAUCUCGCACACGGGACUCAAACUCAGGACCUUUUGUCUUGCGCAUGAACGCUUAACUUCUAGACCACCGAGUUCUUACGCAUUCCUUCAUCCAUUGCCUGAGGUGGAUAACUGUUUCCACUAGUCUCGACUUCUCACUAGAACUCCAGGAGUUCUAUCUUGAAGCUAGUCAAUAAUGAGCAUAUGAUUAUUAUCAGAAUAAGGAUUUGUGGAGAUCGUAGUAAUUUUAACAAGUGAAUUUAUGAGCCGAUCUACAACCUUCACAAAAAUCUCCAUUUUGAUCAAGCGAAAAUAAAUAAUUUAGCAGAAUAAGACGAAUUCAUUUCAAUGUCAUGGAUUUGCAUCACUUGUUACUUAUAACCUAGAGACGAUAACCUGUUUCGGUCUGGGCACCCGGGUAGUAGCACAGCCUACACAAAAAUCAAGUGAUUUGUGUGGCGUCCGUGUUCUGAUGUCUGUAUCUACCGCAGAUCGUAAUCCACACACAAAAAUAAAACAUCUAAACUGAUCUGGUGAUAUUUCCUGUAUUCGGAACUGUUCACAUUCCCGGUUUACGAUGUUUGCAUACGUCACUUAGUCAUCCUGUGGUCUUUUCACAAGCUGAAGACACUAGUAUCUAAUGUGAAACAUUGAUGAUCGGUCCAUUAAAUAUAUGUGUCAGGCACUCUACUAUUCCCAGAAAGGUUAGGUCGGAUGGAUUCUUUGGGAGACUAAAACUACAAAACUUUUCAUUUUCAAAAAGUCCGAGUUUUCAUGGUAGUAAUCUCAGUAUUCGAAGUCAUAGUACAAUUAGAUAACUGGGUUUUCGAAGAUGUUGACAUAUUUUUGACCAAAAAUUCGAAAAAAGCAUUUUACUGUUUCAAUAAUGAUUUCAGAUUAUUCAUUUUAUUGAUAUAAAAUCCACUUUGACUGAAUAUGUGCGUGUAGGUCCGUUUUAACUACCGUCGCCACUAAAAUGACUCUCAAUUUUCUCCUUUACACCAAUGGGACAAUAAUUUGCAUUAGACAAACAUCUACACUAGUUGAUACCCUUCAGGUGUUUAUUAUAGUAAACAUCAGCACAACUAAGAUCAAGAACACGUGACUGGUCAGACUAGAACGUGAGUGUAGUUCAACGUCAACAACCGGCAACAAUAAUGAUAAAAAGGGAUCGGAAAAUAAAUAACACACCUAUUUAGCAGUCUGACUACGUAAACAACCAGUCGCUAUUUUCUUCACCUACACAUUAUCUUAUUAACUUAUUUUCUUAGUGACAUCUUAUUAUCUAAUGUUUCUCGUAAGUGGACUACGUGACAUAUGGAUGAUUUUUAGAGGAUUGUUGUUUCGUGUGUGAUUGAAUUUUGUGUCAUAGUCAAUUGUAUCUAGAUUGUGGUUAUACCCCCAGCUAACGAGUCCCGACGAUUAACAUGAAACAGGUCUCAGAUCUUCUUUGGAUAUAUUAACCUAGUGAUCACUUAAUCGACUAAAUCCGACCAAUACCUGUCAAUCUAACAACAUUCAACAUUAAAGUACUAUUCAAUAAUUGACUCUCUCUUUAAAUAUAUUUAUUUUUUUCAUUCAUAUGUUAUCCAUUUUUUUUUGGUAGGCCUCUCUUGUUCAUACUCUGGUUAAAUGUGGCGCUCAUUUAGAUGCAACUAAUCGGAAUUCUCUAACUAUCCUCUAUAAACGUUUUCAUCAUGUACUCCUGGAAUCUCGUGUACAAAUCUUGGAUCAUGUAACUUUAGCUUGUCAUGCUGCUCGUGUAGCAAAUCAUUAUGGAUUAACUGCAUCGAAUCCAUCAGUUCAAGCUUAUUUACCGAAUAAUUUAUUAUUUUUCUUACAAAUGCAUCAAUAAACAACUAAAUGAUAGCAAGGGUUAAACGGCUACAUAAUUGAUGUAUGUUUUUUCUACUUUAAAUUAAAACCAAAAACUUUGUUUACUCUAAUUGGUUGGUUAGUUGGUUGUUUCCCACCCCUCCCAGUUUUCUCAAAGUUUGGUUGAAUCGUUAAUAAUAUUAAAAAGAAAAAAAAACAACUACAAAACAGCACAAUAUCCCUGUACACAACUAUUUUUUUUCUUCUUUAAACUCUUAUGGUUUUAAUCACUUUAUAUGAGUUGUUUCUUCCCCACCCACCCCGCUCUCUCUCUCUCUCCGUUUCCCACCCUCCACCCACCCAGAAACACAUAUAUACCCACUGCGCCGACAUAUUACUAUCACAUAUAUUAUAAAUGUAUUUUGUUAAAAAAAAAAAGAAACAAAUUGUAUAAUCUUAUUUUAAGUGUUUGGAUUUGAUCUGAAAGAUAUUCCAUUGAUUUCAAUUGAUUAAUUUAAUAAUAAACAUUUUUCUCUCAUUUUUUUUUAAUUGUGUGAUAUUUCUUGUUGACGUUUAUUAGCUGUUACUAUGACUAGUAUUAUGACGAUGACGACGAUGAUGAUGAUUACUUUCUAUUUGUUUUAACUUAACACGCUAUACAUACACAUUUGUUUCUGUACAGAUCCUUUUUUUUAUAUGGAUGAAUGAAUGAAACGAAUGCUUUGAUAUUCGAAACAAUAAGGCAAAGAGAGAGAGUGGAUGAGUGAGUGGAAGUUUGUUUUUUGUUUUGUUUUGUUUUGUUUUAUUAGUUAAUGAAUUGAAAAUGAGAAAUAAAUUAGAUUAUCUACUUU